AUGUCAAUUGCUCCCACCGAGACAAUAACGUCUCUGUCUCUGAUUCCCGAUAUCAAUGAGGAGGCCUCAAGACAGUCAGAGCUAGAGUUGCUGAAGACCGCCUGCAUCGUCCAGCAGAAGCCCAUAUCCGUCACAUUAGACGGCACUGCCGUAUUUGUUAUUUCCAUGGGCGUUGUGCUCGCCAUCCAUUUCCUGGAUUCAUACCUGGCCGAGGCAGUCGUGUGCCUCAUUCCCCUCGCCCUGCUCAUCCACAAUGACUACCACAAUUUCCUCAAUCUCGGACCUGGAGGCACGCCGUCCACCAUCCAAGGAUAUAUCCGGAUAACCUAUUUACGCAUGCUCACCUUGCGCGAUCCCUUUACAGCCCCAUUGCCCGAUCCAAACCGCGACCCCAAGACGGGUGUGCUGAGUGGACAGCAUCUCCCUUAUCGUGCCGGCCCUCGACCUAUUGUAGCCGGCAUCGCACCCCAGCGACAGCUCGACCAGCACGGCUCCCGGCAAUGCUACAUCGCCCUCCGCCGGGCGAUGGAGAGACUGAGUGCAAGGAACCCCAACAUGUUUGGCACCGAGCGUUCAUGUCUGGAGAAGCACGGCCUGGCCCUCUUCGCGAGACAUCCGCUGCAAACCACUUGCCAAGGCGAAAUCGCCCACGUCCACGACUCUGAUCACUCCAUGCACAUGUGCCUCCACCCGAAUGACAUCAAGGAAAUCCUGCAAAAGGGCUGGGGACAGAGGCAUCCGUUGGCGUGGAAGAACAGAUUCAUCCAGAUGCCCGUCUCUCAGGACUUUGUCAUGAUUUAUGCGCCCAGAGAUGAUAUGGAACUUGAAAUCGUGGGCAAGAUUAUCAACGCUGCUAUUUGGUACACGCUUGCCGAAGAUGUCGAUAUCAACGCGAAAUGA